ACAAGCCAGUUCACUGACGUGACGAAUAUCGUGGUUGGCUUGGGGCGCGUGUUCGUCCUCUCCCGCGGUGGCGCAGAUGGCAACACAGUUCUCUUCGAACUGCGUGAGAAGCCUUUAGAAGAGCGACUUGACGUGCUCGUCCAGAAGCGAAUGUUCGAGUGGGCUGCUGAGGUUGCUUUGUCCUGCAACGCAGCUCCUGAGGUGACUGCUGACCUGUACAGGCAGCACGGCGACGCCCUCUUUGAGAAGCGGGCGUAUGAUCAGGCACUCAGCGUCUAUGUCAAGACUGUGGAGUUGGGACUCCCUUUGGAGCCUUCUUAUGUGGUGGAGAGAUACCUUGAUGCCCAGAGAAUUGGCCAUGUGGCGCAGUAUCUCAAAAAGCUACACGAGAAGGACAUGGCCGAGCCAGAGCACACAGCACUACUGCUGAAGUGCUACACCAAGCUUAAAGAUUUCACAACACUGGAGGAGUUUCUCAAAACCACUCCGCCAUCUCAGUAUGAUCAUGCCACGGCCAUCGAGGUGUUGGAGUCAGCUUCUUACCAUGGGCUGGCCGCGGAAGUGGCGCAGAAGGUAGGCAGCCACGACGACUUCGUUCGGAUCUCGCUGGAGCAGUUCAAGAACUACAGCACCACAGUGGAGUUCUUACGCUCCUUGCCGCGUGUGGAGGCAGGACGGAUUCUGCUGAACUAUGGCCGUAAGCUGAUGCGCCACGCGCCGAAGGAGACCGUAAAGCUGAUUCGACAUGUUUGUGACCUCCGGUAUCCCAUGGAUGGCCAGGCCUUGCAGCAUCCUGCAGACGAUCAAGGUCCAACAGUUGAUGAGCUUCUGCCAGUGUUUGUGGAUGACCUGCAGCAGCUGGAGAUCUUCCUACGGUCCGUCCUGCUGGAUGAUGGCUGCCAACUACCACAAGCCCAGGCAGAGCGAUUGUUUCCCACGCUCUUGGAGUUGUUGGUGAAGUCUCACAGCUCAUUAGUGGCGGUGGGCGGAGACGGCCCUGGCGAGAACAAAGAGGCAGCCAGCCGUGUGUCUGCGGACAUUAUGCGGUUGAUCCGACAGUAUCCUAGCGAUGCUGCUUUGGCCAACACGCUGAUGGUUUGCCAGGUUUUUGGUUUUGUGGACGGCUUCUUCUACGCGGCGGAGAAACUGCAACGGCACCAGUUGCUGAUGCAGUGGUGCUUUGAGCACAAGGAUGCGAAGCGCCUUCUUGAGAUCUGCAAACGUUGCGGCCCUGCAGACCAGAGUCUCUGGGUGCAGGCACUCUCCUUCCUGGCCUCCCCAGAGAGUGGCGGCGGACACCUUGAGGAGAUGGGUGAAGUGCUGCGGCACAUCGAGGACAGUGACCUCAUGCCGCUGCUGCUCGUGAUCGAGACCCUUCGCUCCAGCAACGAGGUGACGAUUGGCGACGUGCGGCCGUACUUGCAGGCCCAGUACCGGCGGCUGGUCGAGUCGGCAGAGACGUCCCGGGCUAAAUCUGUCCAGGACCGUCAGGAGAUCGCCCGAAUGCAGCAGGAGAUUACGCAGCUCCGCACACAGGCCAAGGAGUUCCAAAACACCCGCUGCUUUCAGUGUGGUUUGACGCUGGAAGUCCCUGCUGUACAUUUCUUCUGUGGCCACUCGUACCACUCUUAUUGCAUGCCCACGGACGGCACAUGUCCCAAGUGCUCUUCCGGAGCUCUUCCCAAGCUUUUGCUGAAGGAGCAGCGAGAAGCUCAGGCCAGAAAUGCAGAGGACUUCUUCAAGUACCUCCAGGGUGGAGCGGGAGAUCGUGGAAUACAAGCCAUGGGGGAGUGGUGCAAGUUUGGUGCAUUUGAUGCCAGCCUGGCUGCCAUGGAUGCCGAGGAUGAGGAGGAUUGA